AUGUUGCGCUUCCUGGUGUUGGCCUCCCUGUCAUCACUCACUUUUCUUCUGUCCCACAAAGGACACAGUACCCAGGACUUUCCAGAAACCAAUGCACGGGUGGUUGGAGGGACUGAGGCCCAGAGGAACUCUUGGCCAUCUCAGAUUUCUCUCCAGUACCUUUCUGGAGGGUCAUGGUACCACACCUGUGGGGGGACCCUCAUUCGACGCAACUGGGUGAUGACAGCUGCUCACUGUGUGGACAGCCAGAGGACUUUCCGUGUGGUUGUUGGAGAUCACAACCUGAGCCAGAACGACGGCACCGAGCAGUACGUGAGUGUGCAGAAGAUUGUGGUGCACCCCAACUGGAACAAGAACAAUGUGGCUGCAGGGUACGAAGGAGGCGGAGCCAGCCGUGGUGUUGGGGGUGACUCUGGAGGUCCUCUGCACUGCUUGGUGAAUGGCCAGUAUGCUGUCCAUGGAGUGACCAGCUUUGUGUCCAGUCUAGGCUGUAAUGUCUCCAAGAAGCCCACAGUUUUCACACGAGUCUCUGCUUACAUCUCCUGGAUGAAUAACGUCAUAGCCUCCAAUUGAACAUUUUCCUGAGUCCAUUGGCCUUCCCAAGAUGGUUCUUAGCUCUGCAAUAAGGCUUGAAGUCAACAAGAAAGAGAUAGGGCUGGGGUUAUUACUCAGUGGCAGAGCACUCGUUUAACAUGUUCCAGACCCUGAUUUCGUCUGCAAUACUGCAACGGGGGCAGAAGAGUGCUGGUGGUCUAUCUCAGCCUUAGAGAGUUUGUCUAGCAUGCAAGAAGCCUUGGGUUAGGUCUCCAGCACUGGGGCAAAGCGGGGAGGGUAAUGAGAAACAAUUCUGAGACUAUUGGACCAGAUACAGAAAGGCAAA